AUGUCUCGCACCUUUUUCGUCGGCGGCAACUGGAAGAUGAACGGCUCCCUCGACUCGAGCAAGCAGCUCAUCGAGACCCUCAAGUCGGCCAACCUCGACUCCAACACGGAGGUCGUCGUCGCUCCCCCCGCCCUCCACCUCCUCCUGGUCAAGGAGCUCCUCGGCAACCACCAGGUCAAGGUCUCGGCCCAGAACGCCUACCACAAGCCCUCGGGCGCCUUCACCGGCGAGGUCUCGGUCUCGAUGCUCAAGGACGCCCAGAUCCCCUGGGUCAUCCUCGGCCACUCGGAGCGACGCACCCUCUUCGGCGAGGCCGACGAAAACGUCGCCGAAAAGACCCAGGCCGCCCUCGCAGAGGGCCUCGGCGUCAUUGCCUGCGUCGGCGAGACGCUCCAGCAGCGCGAGAGCAACGAGACGGUCAACGUCGUCGUCAGGCAGCUCGACGCCAUCGCGGACAAGGUCAAGGACUGGACCAAGGUCGUCGUCGCUUACGAGCCCGUCUGGGCCAUCGGAACCGGCAAGGUCGCCACCGCCGAGCAGGCCCAGGAGGUCCACGCCGCCAUCCGCAAGUGGGCCGGCGACAAGCUCGGCCAGGACGCCGCCGCCAAGCUCCGCAUCAUCUACGGAGGCUCCGUCGCCGCCAAGAACUGCAAGGAGCUCGCCGGCCAGCCCGACAUUGACGGCUUCCUCGUCGGCGGCGCCUCGCUCAAGCCCGAGUUCGUCGACAUCGUCAACGCUCGUCUCUGA